AUGUUGACAGGCAUCAGUGAUCAGCCCAUGAGAAAUAUGGAUAUCGGCUGGAUCCUUCCUCAAGAGUGUCGACGCAGCCUCCAAGUCAAGAAAGAAAGAUCAUCUCUGCUCCGCUGCACCGCGCCUGAGGACGGCCACCCCGAGGAGAAGAUGGCCAGGACUCCUGAGCUGUUCCUUCUGCUGGCUCUGGGGCUCUGCUGCCCUGGGAUCCAGGGCCAGAGGUACCAGAUGACAGCCAGGUUUCGUGACAGCAGCAUCACACACCCCAAGAUGGGACAGCAGCUGGAGCUGGAGUGUGUGAUUCCUGAGGACGACAGUGGUGUAUUCUGGUUCCGCCAGGACAAGGGUGGGAUCCUUCACUUCAUCAACUUUACAAAUUCCCUGUCCCGGAACACCUUUGUGGGGAAUGCAAAGGAGUCCACACACUUUGAGGCAAGCAGAGACAGCAAGUUCUACUGGCUGGUGGUAAAGUCUUUCACAUCAAAGGACGAGGGGACCUAUUUCUGCUUCAUGAACAGAAACAAAGAGCUUUACUUCAGCCCUGGCCAGCCUGCCUUCAUCCCAGUCACCACCACACAAGCACCCACCACCCAGCGCAACAGCACCAAAGAGGACCCCUGCCUGAAGACCCCAGAGACUACCAAGGACAAAGAGCUGAAUUUCUGCUGUGACAUCUUCAUCUGGGUUCUCUUGGCACUCGCCUGCCUCCUUCUCAUCAUCGCCCUGGCAGUCACCGUCGUGCUUCGUCAAC